AUCGAUCCAGUUGAAGGGUUCUUUACUUCUUACUGUACCACAUAUGGUAUCAAAUGCCCACAUUGUAAUCGUGUUUUCGACGCCACUGCUCUGUUUAUCUGGAUUAUUACAGCGUUUAGUUAACUUCUACAAUGGCAAUUCGAACAACAGUGGGAAAGUUGCUCGACCGCAAUCGGGUGUGGGCUUACCAGGAGAUCAUGGCAGAAGCCCUGGUUGUACUGUGGUUUGCCCUGCAUAUCGCGGUAAAGUUCGGCACGCGGUUCUUUCCGGAAUGGAGUAAUACCCGUGUCGAUCCUGAUUUCCGGACUGGAUUGGACAUCGUUCUACGUUGGUUCGGAUAUAAAAUGAAUGGAUGCGCGUGGGACCAUGUCGUGGCACCAUGGAUGGCGCGUAGCAUAUACACCUUUAACGGCAGUGAUAUUGUGCCAACCACAGCGGCCAGCGAUAUUCGCGGUCAUCUGGGCUAUGCAGGUACUUUAGCGAUCGUAUGUGCCACGAGCCUUCUGACCAUCUCCGUGGGAUGUUGCCUAUUCGCCAACCGCCAUUGGAAAUAUCCGUUGUGGACGCAACACUUCCACCGCUGUGAACACAUCCGCGCUUUUAUUGUCCGCAAAGUGAGAAGCGAUUCGUGGAAAUGCCAUAAACUAACAACUGCCCUCCUUACGGUUGGGCUCAUGGUCUUCUCGGGGUUCUGUGCAGCUCUCACAUGUGUAUGCUUUUUCAUCUGGCUGGCACUGUGGGCACUCCCGGUUGUGUUAAUGUGUGGGGCUGCUGUCGGGUUGACCAUUCACGCGGUCGGAAGCGAGGCCGUGCUUCCCUGUUGUGUCCUCUCAGUAUGCAUUUUGUGUGUCCACUGUACCGGGCGAAUUUGGGGAUUGUGGAUGAAGGAGACCUAUUUCAGCCGGAUUAACAAUACAUUCAGGCGGAUGUGUGGUGCGCCGCUCGUCUUGGAAGCCUCAUCGGUCAAAUGUGCUCCUGUACCAGCGGUACAUCUUGAGAAUCUCCACCAACCCAAGACUCUGAAGGCACUGAGGGAAGAACGGAAGGACGCCACCAUCCCUAUCUUAAAUGUGAAAUUGUGUGUGUUCUUUGUCUGCUGCUUAGCGGUGUCGGCGGAUAUCGAUACAAUCCGAGAGGAAAUUCCAUUGGCCAAUGUAAGCGCUCGUGCUAAGGAUUUCUGGGACCGAUCCAUUUUCUUCGGUUACAAGCGCGACUGCUAUCCCAUUGGGUUAACGGGCCUACAACACUCGGAAGCCAUGCUAUCGUACUGGAUGGAUUUGGGAUAUCCGCGCUGGAACACCAGCCAGCCUGCCCUGCUGUCGCUGUACGAAUCCACAUUCUUCUCGGAUUUGUACAUUUUUCUCCGGGUGUGGAUCGUCUUGCUGUCCUACAUAGUUUGCGCACCGAUGCUGUACAUUAUCAUCCGUUUUAUUCGAUGGCUGCAUAAGCGCUGGCACGCCCGUCGGGUUCUUGACAGCGCCCCAGUACCUACGGAAGCCGAGGAAGAGCCAACCGAGCCACCACAUGACUUGGCAGCCGACGGUUGCCCUGCUGCGGCCGUUGAUGAUGAACAGUCUGGCCCUGACGAUACCAGCAGUUGUACACCCAUCGUCAUGGAAAACACGGUGGCCGAGCCAUCGGACAUCGCUCCCUGUAUGUGUCCAUUUUGGGUCAGUAUUGUGGCUUUCCUGGUGAUUACAAAUCGCCGAUAUCUGUGCUGGAGAGCCCUUCCCUAUCCGUUGGUGCAACUGUUCAUCCCGGAGCCGCUUCAACUGUGGGUGUUGCUUCUGCUGCUUACCACAUAUGGCGUAUGGAUCAUCUGGAAGUUUGCCGUGGAAGUCCACCAGAUUCGCCAGGAACGGCAGACGUUGAUCCCAUCAAGCGUCCACGAGAAACAGGGUUCUAUUCGCGUGUUCCCCCGCUUCCUCGAAUGAUGUCUGGGUAGCGAAAACCGAAAGCGAUUUGGUUAUGAUAUUUAUUACCGUUUUAGCUACAGAAAUUGGAAAACAUGAACGUCCGUGUCCAGAUUGCAUAACACACAAUUCAGGCAAUUUGAAGCGGUUGAAAUAACUAUGCCACUAGCCGUAGCCUCAAGCUGCCAUAUUACUCGUAUAUACUUUGAAAUUUCUCAUCAGUUUCGUUUUCGCUUUUCGGACUGGUUGGCACUGAUACUGAAGACAACACUUCGGGUAUUU